AUGAAUAUUAAAAAGUAUUAUCCUACAAUCUCAUUAUUUUUACCUAUAUUAUAUAUUUUUUGGUUUAUCAUAUUAAAAAUAUCAUGUACCUCAACAUUAGGAAAAGGUAAAGCAUGCAAACAAGAAAAUAUUUAUCAAUAUGCUAAAAAUUACUCAACACCUGAUUUAAUAUUUUAUGGUUUAACAAGUGAUUGUCAAAUAUUUUUUACAACACUUGUUAAUAUAGACAAAAUAAAUGAUCUUAAAGUUGAUCAUAAACAUCAACAUUGUUCACCAUAUUAUACAAAACUUCAUAUUGUUAAUUAUCUUGGACAAUUAUCAAUACUUGUUACAACUUUAAGACAUGGAAAUAAUUUUUGUACAAUGAAUAUAGAAUUUCCUGCUGUUGAAUUUUAUACAUCACCUAUAUUAUUUACAUAUUCAUUAAUGUCAUCAUUACCAUUUUUUGCAUGUUCUUCAUUACCAUUAGAUUCUGGCUUUUUAUUACAACCAUCACAGUCAUAUAUAGAUCCAAGAAUAUCAGAUGUUAUACAUUUUAUUGGAAAAAAUACAACAUCUAAAGAGAUUAUAGAGUUACAAUUUAAAAUAACUCCAGAGGGAUAUCUUGUUAGACAUAAACAAACACAUGCUACAGAUAUUUUCGGAAAACGUCAACAAAGAGUUUUAGUUACUGUAGAUAGGAGGACAGGUUUAUUAUAUCAUAUUGGUGAUGCAGAAUCAAUUAAUUUAUAUGGUACAUGUUCACUUGAUCCACAAACAUUACCAAUUGGUCAACAUCAUUUAGAAAAUAAUAUAUAUAGUCUUGCUGAUAAAUAUUCUAAAGUUGAUUCAUUAUCUGUAGAUGAAAAAACAAUAAUGCUUGGUAUUCAAAAGUCUAGAGAUAUUCAAAAGACAAGACUUCUUAUUGGGCAUUUAAAAGAACGUAUUAAUUUUAAGUGUUUUAUAAGCUUACCAUAUUUAGCUCAUGUUGGUAUGAUAUCAAAACGAACAAUUGAUAAAUUGAAUGAUGGUCAUAUAUUAACAUUAGAAAUGGAAUUAAAAGAAAAACAAAAAGAAUUAGAAUUAAGAAUAGAAGAAGAAAAGUAUAGAGAUUUAAAUAAUACGGUUAAAGUUAAAACAUUAUAUUUACCAAAUAAAGAAAAAAAUAUUGAUAAUAAAAAGAUAAGAAUAGAAAAUAAUGAUAAAAAGAUGUUUCAAACUACAACUUCUUUUACUCCUUCUUCAAUAACAACAAAAAUGACACCAAAAAUAAAGAUGACAACAAAUGAAUAUAAUAAAGAAUCAUUAAUAAAUGAUAAAGAAGAGGAUGGUGAAGAAGAUUUGACAUUAAAAAUGGAAAAAAAUUUACAUAAUAAUAUAAAAUUAAUGGAGAAAAAUAAUGAUGAAUUAAAAGAUUUAUUUUAUGAAAAAGAAUCAAAAGAUAAUAUGAUACCUGAAUUUGAUUUUACAAAUGAAACAAAUUCAAAUGACAAUAAUGUAGAAUAUUUUACCAAAGAUGAUGAAGAGAAAGAAUCAUAUAGUUUACCAACAGACAGUUCAAAUUUAUUAGAUGUGUCAAUUUCUAAUGAUGGAAAUAAUAAUAAAGACCCAUAUUACUCAGAGAUAACAGAUAUUUCUUUUGUUAACACAUCAAAAAAAAAUUCAUCACUCAUAAGUAACAAAAGUUCAUCACUAUCAUUGUUGGUUUAUGUCAAAAAUCACUUUAUAUCCUUUUUUAUAACAGUUUCUAUAAUUAUACUGACAGUUUCUUUUACUAUCAUGUAA